CGAUAAUUGAGAAACAAGAUCACGUCCAUGUGGUCGUUCAAAAUUCUUGUGUAAUUUUAUAAAAAAAGCUGAAUUAAAAGACAAAAAAUGGUAAAAACGACAGUUUGCAAGCCUCAAGUUCACGCCACGAAAAGUCGUGAGCUGAAAGGGGGAAUUCUUUACAUCGACUGUCACUGUCUGCGUCGAAAUGGACUGCAGUAUGAUUGCAAGAGGACUGGAUGCCAGAAUUCACCCCUAUGCGAAUCUCUACCCGCACCGCAAUGCCAACCCGCUGAUGUUGCUUGUCAAAGACAUCGUUUAAAUCCACACGCAGAAGCACUCACUGCAAUAUGUAAAAUGCGUAAAUAAAUUCCAGAUGAAGUCAGGAUAUAUCAAUUGAAUAGCUCAAUAUAAACCUCUUUGAUCCGAUACAUUGAAUUCAAAUAAAGAAAGCAAAAAAAAAAUGCCACCCGAAAUGAACGAAUUGACACAGAACUAGUUUUGGAUUAAUCGUAUUUAGAUGUAUUUUUGAUUUAUAAAAUUAUAUAAAAAUUGAAUAGUUAAGAAAAUUCUAAAUUGUACAAGUAACUGUUUUUUAUAAUCCAUGUAAUUAAAACAAAUAUAUAAAAUAAAAUUUUGAUAAAAUUCUCCUUCCCUCUGAUUUUAUGUAAUAUCGGACCGCUGCCACUCAAUUCUUAACCAUGUGUUCUCCUUGUGGUCCUAUGGUGUGUUACAAAUAUGAAGACUGCGGUCCACCGAAGGGAAGACCCUCCGCUGGAGCUUCAGAAGCAGAGGAAGGCGGCUCAAAAAAAAAGGCCGAAAAGGAAAAUCAGCUGAAACGUAUUAAAAGCAGAGAACUGCGAGGCGGAAUUAUGUACUAUAGUUGCCAUUGUAUCAAGCGGAAUGGCUUACAACACGACUGUCGCCGAACCGGGUGCGGUGGCGAACCCGCAUGCUUGGUGUUGCCAGACCCGCUGUGUGCUCCGAGCCAGCUAGCGCGAGCGCGCGGCCUCGCAGACCCGGCACCUCUAGCAGCGCAUAUGCGUGCUCAAGAUGGCGGUGCUGGCGGAGCGUCUUCAGAUUCUGGUUCCGGAAGCGGAAAAAGAUUUAUCGUUUGUGAGCUGAAGGGCAUUAUGCCAGAUGUGUCUGCAGAUAAAGGAGGAAAAUGUUGUAAGUGUCCUUCUAGUCAUGUUCAAACAAAAAUCCCUGGGAUUCGGGCUUGCAUUUGUCUCCCUGAUAACUGCCCGUGCUCUACUAGCGCGAGCUCUCCUGGUGACCAGCUAUCAAUGUAUGCUUUUGACGAGGCAACACUUGCAAAAAUAUUCGAUAGUUUCGAUAAAAAAGAAGUGGUAAAAGAAGAGGGCCGCGGUGGGGUUCAUGGACGAAAAUCGCAAAAGCCCGUCACCAAAGCAGAGCCUUGCACCAGGCCAGGUUGUGUUCAUUGGAAGCCUCCGCCGCCGUGCGUUUGGGACCUGCCUUGUAAAGCAGAUUGUUUCGAGGCGCAUCCUGGAAUCCAGCCCGGUCGCAAUAAAUACAUGAGCGGCGGCAUGAUUGAGGGCGAAACUUGCCGUAGUGGGCGGCGACCUGGAGUAGUAAUGCUGUCCCCAGAAUAUUGCUAUUAUGCAGGUUGUUCUACCCCGGGCGGCACGUCGACAGGAGCCAGCGGUGGGCCGGCGGCGGGGCUGCCUAUGCUAGUCAUGAAGCUUUGCUAGUCUCUACAAGAGGCUGAUUUUCAGAAAUAUUAAGAA